UCCAUAAAUUACGUGGACUCACUCAAGGGUCAUCACAUGCAGUCACUGAAUUGUUUAUUUCACCAUGGCGGCUAGAAGCCCGGACAAUUUAAUAUCUUAGUCCUGAUGAACGCACAUCAAUCGCUGUUGAUGGUUUUCAUUCCCGUUUCGGCUUAUUAUAUGUAAAUCCAUCGAAUACAAUGCUUGAAAACAGGCUGCUACAUGUGGAGAUCCAAUGACGAUGACACUGGUGAUAUUAUUUCACUCCUACUGUUAGAAAUAUGGUCGAAUCGAACAUUAGAAAGAUUGGCGUAACUUCCAGUGUGUCGAAUGCCCGUCACUGCCGACUGGCCCUCCGGGAAAUUGAAGACAUUCGUUUUUGUUGGGGAAUGUGCUGUGGUCCCGGCCUUGUUACUGGCAUUGUAACAUGUGUGUAUUUCCUGUUACUUCUUCCAGCAGGACUGUUUUUAAUUAUGGUAGGAGGACAAAAGAAACUAGAGAUGGUGCCGUUUGGUGUUAUCUUGGUCGUAGUACCAGUUAUAGCGUUCAGUAUUUAUAUAUCACUCAAAUGGUAUAGAUCGAGACACGGUGUCACAAUGCCGUCGUCAUCAUCGUCGUCGUCUAUGAGAUGCCUACACCAGACAGAAAUAGAUCAGAAUAACCAAAUAUCGACCAUCACGUGAUUACUGUAUGUAACCAUGGUGAUGUGACAAUAUUGUUAAAGGAUAUUUCCAUAACAGGAUCAGCUGAUGCAAGCACGAUAUCCCAUUUGAAAACAGAAAUUACUCGUACGUCUUGUGUUUCAGUCGGUUUUACCAUAUACUCGGGGUCCAAACUUGAAGCAGUUUUGAAGAAAUAAGUUCCGGCAGUGACAAAAUCGUGCAGCAUGGUAGCCCAUAGAGAUAUGCGGAGUAUUGCAAUGAAUUUUGUAUAUCAUAUUAUUAUUGUCGACUAUAAUAGUCGAUUUUAUUUGCACGAACUUUACCGGGACAAUUCCUUAUGCAAUGUAAUAUUAAAUGGUCACAAAUU